UCCGCCGUCCCUCAACCACUCUGUCUCUCUACUCCUUCCUUCUCCCCUGCCUCCAUAAAACCCCAGCCCUCAGAACCCCAAAAACACCACACACCGCACACUCACUGACAAUACAAUCAAACAGUAACCCUGCGCUUCUCGCCGUUUUCCACAGAUAAAAAUGGCGGGAAAGUCAAAUAGGGGGAGGAAUCGUAAAGGGUUGCAGCAAAGUGCUUUUAGUUCAUCGGAGCAGUCUGUCAAUUCAUCAGAGCACUCUGUCUCUUCUGAUGCUCCCUCAAAUGGUAGUUCCAGCGCCAUACACGCUAAUGGAGAUACGAGCUUGAACGAAUCCAAUGACACAAAGUCAGAGGUGAAAGACCAGGAUAAUGCAUCCAACCAGCAUCCGGCUAAACAAGCUGAUGUUCAUCUUUAUCCUGUCUCUGUGAAGACACAAGGAGGGGAGAAGCUCGAGCUGCAGUUGAGUCCUGGAGAUUCUGUAAUGGACGUGAGGCAGUUUCUUCUUGAUGCCCCAGAGACAUGUUAUUUUACUUGUUAUGAUCUGUUACUACACACAAAGGAUGGUUCAGUUCAUCAUCUAGAAGACUACAAUGAAAUAUCUGAAGUUGCUGAUAUUACGAGUGACAGCUGCUCUUUGGAGAUGAUUGCUGCAUUAUACGAUGAUCGGUCCAUCAGGGCUCAUGUUCACCGAACUAGAGAGUUGCUUUCUCUUUCAACAUUACAUUCCUCUUUGUCCACAAUGCUUGCCCUACAACAUGAAGCGGGGAAACCUGCUGCUGCAAAUACUGGAGAUGCUGCAAAAGCUGAAGUCCCAGAACUUGAUAAUUUGGGGUUUAUGGAGAAUGUUAGUGGCUCACUCACUAACUUAUUGUCGCCCUCAUCCAAAGAGAUUAAGUGUGUAGAAAGUAUUGUUUUCUCUUCAUUCAAUCCUCCUCCAAGCCACAGAAGGCUUUGUGGAGACUUGAUUUAUUUGGAUGUGGUAACACUGGAAGGAAAUAAAUAUUGUAUCACGGGCACAACAAAAGCCUUCUACGUUAACUCGAGCACAGGGAAUAUUCUUGAUCCAAGGCCACAUAAAGCUGCAUCAGAAGCAACAUCCCUUGUUGGACUUCUACAGAAAGUUAGCCCUAAGUUCAAGAAAGCUUUUCGUGAAAUAUUGGAGCGUAAGGCCUCUGCCCAUCCCUUCGAAAAUGUCCAAUCUCUGCUGCCACCAAAUUCAUGGCUGGGCUUAUAUCCUGUUCCUGAUCACAAGCGUGAUGCAGCCAGAGCAGAAAAUUCUUUGACUCUUUCCUUUGGAAGUGAGCUGAUUGGCAUGCAGAGAGAUUGGAAUGAAGAGUUGCAAUCCUGUCGGGAAUUCCCGCAUGCUACUCAUCAGGAAAGGAUCUUGAGAGAUAGGGCUCUAUACAAGGUAACUUCUGAUUUCGUUGAUGCAGCAACCAGUGGUGCUAUUGGAGUGAUAAGCAGAUGUAUUCUACCUAUAAAUCCAACUGAUCCUGAGUGCUUUCAUAUGUAUGUCCAUAACAACAUAUUCUUUAGUUUUGCUGUUGAUGCGGAGCUUGAGCAAUUGUCACGGAAGCAGGCAUCAGAAGAAAACUCUAAACUCCAGAGGACAGUCUCACCACAGAAUUAUUCAGAGAAGUCGGAGAAUAAUCUGCCACAAGGAGCUUCUGGAGUUUCAUAUAUGGAUAGAUCUGCUGUUCAAAAUUCGGAAAAUAUUGUUGGCACUGAGGCAUUAUCCCCUGAUGUGCCUGCGGAGGCUCAGUUGGCCGAAAGUGAGCAAGCCACAUAUGCAAGUGCAAACAAUGACUUGAAAGGCACCAAGGCAUACCAGGAAGUUGAUGUUCCUGGCUUAUACAAUCUUGCCAUGGCCAUAAUCGAUUAUAGAGGUCACAGAGUGGUAGCUCAGAGUGUGUUGCCAGGAAUUCUUCAGGGUGAUAAAUCGGAUUCCCUUCUCUAUGGUUCUGUCGACAACGGCAAGAAAAUUUGCUGGAGUGAAGAUUUUCAUUCCAAGGUACUGGAAGCUGCCAAACGUCUUCAUCUGAAAGAGCACAGUGUGCUAGAUGGAUCUGGUAAUGUUUUCAAGCUAGCUGCACCAGUUGAGUGCAAAGGCAUUGUCGGCAGUGAUGACAGGCAUUAUCUUUUGGAUUUGAUGAGAGUCACACCUCGCGAUGCAAACUAUACUGGAUCAGGCUCCAGAUUUUGCAUUUUGAGACCUGAACUAAUAUCUGCUUUUUGCCAUGCUGAAGCAGCUGAAAUGUCAAAGAACGAGUGUCAUCCAGAAGAACAGGAGAAUCCUGUUGUUUCUGAUUCUUCGAAUAUCAGUAGUGCUGAAGAAGUGGUGGAACCUGAUGCAAAUGUAGCAGCUAAUGUAGCAUCAACAACAAGUGAGACACAGUUACAGGACGCUGAGAAAGGUGAAAAGCAAAACUUGCAAGAAUAUGGUUCUCGCUCUAAGACAGAAGAUACAAGCAAAGAGAUCCUCUUCAAUCCUAAUGUUUUUACUGAAUUUAAGCUAGCUGGCAAUGAAGAGGAGAUCGCCACAGAUGAGGAAAAUGUGCGGAAAGCAAGUCUAUAUCUUAAAGAUGUUGUACUUCCUAAAUUCAUACAAGAUCUUUGUACCCUUGAAGUUUCACCAAUGGAUGGACAAACUCUGACUGAUGCACUCCAUGCACAUGGUAUUAAUGUUCGUUAUAUUGGAAAAGUUGCUGAAGGGACCAGACAUAUGCCUCACUUAUGGGAUCUUUGUUCCAAUGAGAUCAUUGUCAGAUCUGCUAAGCAUAUUAUUAAGGAUAUUCUAAGAGACACGGAAGAUCAUGAUCUUGGGCUUGCACUUUCACAUUUUUUCAACUGUUUCGUGGGAAAAGUUCAGGCUGUUUCUGUUAAAGGUGUUGCAAAUAAUUCACAUUCAAAAACCCAAAAAAAGGUUCAUUCAGGACAUCAUGUUUCUGGAAAGUCUUCCAAGGGACAAGAUAAGUUAAGAAAUGGGGGAUAUGUGAGGAAGAAGCAGUCCUUGUAUUUGAGUAUCACCUCUGAUAGUUUAUGGUCUGACAUUCAAGAAUUUGCAAAACUCAAAUACCAGUUUGAGUUGCCAGAGGAUGCAAGGCAGCGGGUGAAAAAAGUUUCAGUUAUACGAAAUCUUUGCCAAAAGGUUGGAAUCACCAUCGCUGCUCGCAAAUAUGAUUUUGAUGCUCUGGCACCUUUCCAAGUUUCAGAUAUAUUGAAUAUCCAACCAGUAGUGAAGCAUUCCAUUCCAGUUUGUUCGGAAGCAAAGGAUCUAGUUGAAACUGGAAAAGUUCAAUUAGCAGAGGGAAUGCUCAGUGAGGCAUACACGUUAUUUUCUGAAGCUUUCACAAUUCUCCAGCAGGUGACUGGUCCAAUGCAUCGAGAAGUUGCAAAUUGUUGCCGCUACUUGGCCAUGGUCUUGUAUCAUGCUGGAGAUAUGGCUGGAGCAAUAAUGCAACAGCACAAGGAGCUAAUCAUAAAUGAACGAUGCCUUGGACUCGAUCACCCUGACACAGCUCACAGCUAUGGGAAUAUGGCUCUGUUUUAUCAUGGUCUUAACCAGACGGAGCUGGCAUUGCGUCAUAUGUCACGUGCAUUACUCCUUUUAAGUUUAUCAUCCGGCCCAGAUCACCCUGAUGUUGCUGCUACUUUUAUAAAUGUUGCUAUGAUGUAUCAAGAUAUUGGAAAGAUGGAUACGGCCCUUCGAUAUUUGCAAGAAGCCUUGAAAAAGAAUGAAAGACUGCUGGGAGAGGAGCAUAUUCAAACUGCAGUUUGCUACCAUGCUUUGGCAAUUGCGUUUAACUGUAUGGGUGCCUUCAAGCUUUCUCACCAGCAUGAGAAGAAAACAUAUGAUAUUCUUGUAAAACAACUUGGAGAGGACGACUCCAGGACCAAGGAUUCUCAGAACUGGAUGAAGACAUUUAAGAUGCGCGAGUUGCAAGUCAAUGCACAAAAGCAGAAAGGUCAGGCUUUGAAUGCUGCUUCUGCACAAAAAGCUAUUGAUAUUCUGAAGGCUCAUCCAGACCUGAUACAAGCAUUUCAAGCUGCAGCAGUGGCCGGGAGCACUGGCGGUUCUGGUUCCUCAGCAAACAAAUCAUUUGGUGAAGCCCUUCCGAGAGGGAGAGGUGUCGAUGAAAGAGCAGCUCGAGCUGCUGCAGAAGUGCGGAAAAAAGCAGCAGCUAAGGGUCUCUUGAUACGGCCCCACGGUGUUCCUGUACAGGCUCUUCCACCACUUACCCAGCUCCUUAACAUCAUAAACUCGGGUAUGACUCCUGAUGCUGCAAAUGAGUCAACUGAAGGAGAGAAGCAAGAAACCAAUGGUCAUACUUCAAAUGGAGCGCCGGAUCCCGAAAAGGAUCAAGGCAAACCUGAUAAGCAAAAUCAGGCUCCAGUUGGAUUAGGACCAGGCUUGGCUUCUUUGGAUGCUAAGAAGUCGAAAACGAAAGCCAAAGCUACUUCUUGAAAUUCCAGCCACAGAGUCUUUCAAGCCCAUUUGGUUCUUUUUGGUAGGCGUAGGUGUUGGAUUUGGAAGAGUUUUGACAGCCUCAAUUGAAUGACAGGCCCUAGUGUUGCAUUCUGCCCUUGUGUGCAGUAACAUUGUAAUAUAUUCUUUCAAUAAAAUGUGAUCAUAAGAAUUUUGCUUUAGAGAGAAUUCCUCACUCAUGUACUCUGGUGUGAGGAUUAUUUGUAUUAUUAUUUUAGCAGCAGGCAACAGAAGAAAAUAUCUUCUGCUCUGACAUUGUCAUUAUCUGGGACCUUAGAUAAUUUUUUUGAAGUACUUAUUCUUCAGAGACUAUUACAUAA